AUGUCCAGGUUAAUAGCAUCGAGCCUAUUGUCACGGCGCAUCGCCACUCCGGCAUUGAUAGCGCCGGCCGUCUUGCCUCUUCAAAGAAGGAAUAUUUGGGAAAGGCCUGCUAAACCACUGAAGGCAAGCUUCACUCUCAUCAUUCAAUCCCAACAAAAGAACUGGGAAUGGAGCAAGGUCGAGGUCGAAGAAAAAGUCCUCGACAUGUUACUAGAUGCUGCCAAAGUCGACGAAGACAAGAUUACUCUCGAAGCAAAUCUAUCAUACGACCUAUUAAUGGACGAUAGGGAACGAUUUGGUUUAUAUUGGGACUUGCAAGAAGAAUUCCAGUUCAAUAUCGCCCCUCUAAGGAGGUUCUCUAGAGACUUGGCUUCUGGGCGAGAGGCUGCUGACUGGGUCGCAUCCUACUUGGAGCAACACCAACGGUUGAGAUUCUAG